CCCACCCAGUCCCCGCCGGGUCCCGCCUCGCCUGGUCUGUGCUUUCCACGGCUCCCCGGCCGCACCUCUGCACCAUGACCGACCUGCAGGAGGAGGGCAAGAACGCCAUCAACUCGCCGAUGUCGCCGUCCUUGGCCGACCUGCACCCCGAGGACACCCUGCUAGAGGAGAAUGAGGAGCGCACCAUGAUCGACCCCACCUCCAAGGAGGACCCCAAAUUCAAGGAGCUGGUCAAGGUUCUCAUCGACUGGAUCAACGACGUGCUGGUGGAGGACAGGAUCAUCGUGAAGCAGCUGGAGGAGGACCUGUUCGACGGGCAGGUGCUGCAGAAGCUCUUGGAGACGCUGGCGGGCUGCAAGCUGAACGUGGCCGAGGUGACGCAGUCGGAGAUCGGGCAGAAGCAGAAGCUGCAGACGGUGCUGGAGGCCGUGCAGGAGCUGCUGCGGCCCCACGGCUGGGCGCUGCCCUGGACAGUGGACGCCAUUCACGGGAAGAACCUGGUGGCCAUCCUGCACCUGCUCGUGUCGCUGGCCACGCACUUCCGGGCGCCGAUCCGCCUCCCCGAGCACGUCUCCGUGCAGGUGGUGGUCGUGCGGAAGCGGGAAGGCCUGCUGCAUUCCAGCCACAUCACGGAGGAGCUGACCACGACCACCGAGCAGAUGAUGGGCCGGUUUGAGCGGGACGCCUUCGACACCCUGUUUGACCACGCGCCGGACAAGCUCGCCCUGGUGAAGAAGUCUCUCAUCACCUUCGUGAACAAGCACCUGAACAAGCUGAAUUUGGAGGUGACAGAACUGGAGACCCAGUUUGCAGACGGCGUGUACCUGGUUCUGCUCAUGGGCCUGCUGGAGGACUACUUCGUGCCGCUGCACAACUUCUACCUGACCCCAGACAGCUUCGACCAGAAGGUACGCGCGUCUCCGCCACACAGUCAGGUGCCCCGCGGCCCUCUGGGGCCGGGUGCUCUGCAGACAUCCCCAUGCGAGUUCCAAGGGGACGGAGGGGCACCCAUGCUGGCCACCCCAGGGCUCAUCGCACAGGUGGCGGCCGGGGGCUCGCGGGAGACCUGUGUCUGGGAGGCGCUGCCCAGAGCGGCCCGGAUGGUGCUCCACUGCAGCCACGCCAGGCCCAGGCCCAGGCCCCAGCGCCAGCCAGGCCCCAGGUGCGUCUCCCUAACGCUCCGUCCUGCUUCCUCUGCAGACGUGGUGAGCCUGGACCUCAAGUCCACCCUGCGGGUCCUCUACAACCUGUUCAACAAGUACAAGAACGCAGAGUGACGCGCGGCGACGUCCCUGCGCUCCCCACCAGCCCGCCCUCUCCCUGCCGCCCCCACCUUCCGGGGUUGUCGCCCCGACCUCCUGCCCGUGUCUGUGAGCUGCAGGGUUCUGAGUCCUCGCUUCUCUGGGCUCCCGGCUGAGUCAGCGGCUGUCGGCCUGGAUCAGACGAUGAAAAGGAAAAACACAGAACCCAGGCCCCUCAGCCCCGGGAGGGGCGCCCGCGUUCCAUCUGACGGCACAAUUAGGGGGUCCCAGGCGUCACCCGAGAGGCCCGGCAGCUCGGCCAUCCUGGCGGGACCUCCCAGGAGUGCACUUCUUAGUAAAGAGCGUUUUGCAGUUUUAAAAACUCCA